UGACUCUACAAAACAGCUACUUUUAGACUUACAGUUGGGAUACUGACAAUAAAGAGAGAAUAAACAGCAGUUGUUUACUUUUUUCUAUCUAUAAAACAUUCAGGGUUUUCAAUUUUCUUUCUUCGCCGACAUCAAUUAGCAAGUUCUUAUAUAGUUCGUUCCAUCAUUCCUCUUUCCUUAAGGCUUCUGAUAAAUCAAUCAAAAUGACUCCUCCACCAUCUGAGGUACAUAUUAUACUACUGAUUCAACAAAGUUCUGAUCCAAAAACUCGAAUUUGGAGUGACCAUUGCAGUAUACGGUCAGCCAUAGAAUACAUAUUAGGUGUUUAUUCUACAGGUCAAGAACACCCAAUUCAAGAUACAUUGGAUAUCUCUCAUUUCUAUGGUUUUUUUGACGAAAUUUACGAUUGCGUGCCUUUGGUCUAUGACCGUCAUUUUCGUGCUUACAUUCCUCAUGAUAAGCAAUGGUUACUCUUUCAAGCCCAAGAGUAUAUGAAGGCAAACAAGCCUAUCGUUUAAAAAGUCGAAUUUGGUGCUGUGAGUGUAAUUUUCGUUGAAAUACUAUUAUUUCUUUAUUUACUGAGCAUCAUCCGUCAUUGUUUUCAUAUUCCAUUUUUUUAUUAUUUGUGGUAACUCUCGUUUGGAAAAGCCGAAUUCCAAGGGCCAAAAAUCUUAUAACCUUCGCUAAAUUGUUUUUGGUAUAGAUGGAUAAUGUUAUUUCUUCUUUUUUUUGUUUUAUGAAAAGUGACAGAUAAGGCAUAUGUGUGGUGAGAAUGAUCGCUGGAAAGCCCAAGACGGUUUUCUUUUCAUAAAAUCUGUUUUACAUGGCUUUUAUGAACAAUAAAAUAGAUAGGGAGAUAAUUGUACUAGUUUAAUACAUCAAGGCUCUAAAUGCCAUUCAUCAAUUAGCGAAUAAGCAAUUUAGCAUUUUUACGAUUUUCCA